AUGGAGCGACAUUUAGAAGCUCAUCGCCCCAGCCGAAAACCACUCCAAAAUGUCCAGCAGAAUUCAACGUCAAGUACGAUUCCAGGAGAAGCUAUAAACACAGCCGGGACAGGCAAUAGUAUUGGCUCGCAGAAUACUUGGUCUUGCGCUGCGUGCAGGAGAAGAAAGGUUAAAUGUAAUGUCGUCUAUCCCGGCGACAGGAUGAAUCCUUGCAGUACCUGUGUGCGAGCCAAUAUUGAGUGCGUGACAUAUUCUAGCACAUCAUCCCGAAAGCCCCGUAAACGUCCUGCAGACGACAUUCUCGAGCGCCUGACACGACUAGAAGAUGUUAUAUCCUCCUUGAAAUUUCCGGAGCGAGGUGAGAUCAAAGGAGGCGAUUUGCCGUCGUUUUUAAAAGAGAAUGACGAAUCUGAAUUAUUCCGCCGGUGGCGGAAGGUGUCAAACGUCUGCAGUUCGAGGUCAACCCCCUUGGGAGGGGAUAAACAUCAUGGACAAGUACUAUCAAGCGAUGAGUGCGUGAAUCCAUGGCCAGAGCAUGGGCUCGGCAAAUUGGUGCCUAACCAAGAGGUUGAGGACCUUAAGAGCAGCUUGGUGGAGCUUUCUGACACCGAAGACGACCCGGUUUACCCCUCAGCACUGCAGGACACAUCGCUUGGUCAGAGUUUUGUAUUUGGCCAUCCUUCUAGCAACGUCGAGAUGGCGACACUGCAUCCCCCUCGUCAGUUAAUACCCUCCAUGUGGAGCCUAUUCAAAACGAAUGUCGAUCCACUCGUGAAAGUACUUCACAUCCCCACGAUGGAGCCAAAAAUCUCAGAAGCGCAGGACCGCUUAGAUAGCCUAUCAAGAGGAACUGAGGUUUUGAUGUUCGCUAUUUAUUACAGCGUCGUAACUUCUCUCACGUCAAGGGACUGUGUUGGAGAACUCGGUGAAACCAAAGCUGUCCUCUUGGCCCGGUACCGUUUCGCAAUUGAACAUGCACUUACCCGUGCACACUUCCUCGAUACCGCAGACAUGACCGUACUGCAAGCUUUCGUCAUAUUCCUCACUGUACUUAGACGGAACGACGACGCAAAGAUGGUAUGGGCAUUGACAGGGCUACUGGUAAGGAUUGCACGAAUGAUGGGAGUGCACAGAGAUGGUGUUCACUUCCGUCUUGCUCCAUUUGAUGUUGAGAUGAGAAGGAGAUUAUGGUGGCAGGUGGAAGAUCACGGGUGUGAUGCCACUAUUGUCGAAACCCAGUUUGAUACCCAAAUGCCUCUGAACGUCAAUGACGCCGACCUUGACCUUGACAUGCCUGAGCUUCCAGAAUCUCGCAAAGGGUUCACUGAUAUGACCUUUUGCCUCGUUAGCUUCGAGCUCGCAAACGUUUUCAGGCGUAUUAUUCACGUACCUUCACGUUCCGCACAGCCUAACAUUUCGUUCUCAGCGUUGGCUGACGAACAGAAGGAGAAAUGGAUUGCCCAGUGCAGCCAAAGGAUGCAGGAGACAUAUAUCGCAAAUGCCAGCCUAAGUUUGCCUCCUGUUUGGGUGGCUGCAACUCUCACACGUCUUAUCUUAUCGAAAAUGUCAUUGAUGGCAUACCGCUCCUUCCAACGGGUCGACGGUAGCGAAAGCUGCUCUCAGCAGAUCAAGGAUAAGCUCUUCCUUGCCGCUGUUGAGGUCCUCGAAUACGCAAACCAACUUAACAACGAUCCUCGUGCCCAAAAGUGGAGCUGGCUCUUCGGCACAUACGUCCAAUGGUACUCGGUUACCUUGCUGCUCUCCGAGUUACGCAAGAGUACUCAAGGUGAGCUUGUCGAGCGUGCCUGGAAGGCCAUCGACGUACUGGUGGAGACACAGGUUGGCGACGCACAAACAGACCCCCGGCGUGCAUUUUUGUGGCGGCCCGUGAGGGGGCUAAUGGUGAAGGCCAGGAUGGCAAGGGAGCAGACCCUCAUGGCUGAACCAUGCCUAUCUGUACCAGGUCCUGCCAAGCCCUUUGCAGGCUAUCCUGCAAUAGAUAAGUUGCUAGACUGGGCGAACCUCAGCCGCGCUCUUUCUGGGCAAGUCCAGUCGCCGAAUGCAAAAAAUACUACGAUGUACGAUACGUUCGCACAUUCUUCUCAGCAGGAUGCGAGUGAGCUGUUGGGUAUGGGUUGCGACUGGCUUAUGACAGACAAUAUUGAUUCGCUGGCACCAGGCGCCUGGGUGGACAACCGAGACAGCCAGCAGCUGGCGCAUCUGGACACGACGCAGGUAGUGCCAAUUGGCGUGAAUCAUCAGCAUGAUCUUCUCAAUAUGUGGGAGACAAGAAACGAGGACAUUUGGACAGACAUAUUACGGGGCUAUGAGGCACACAACGGGGGUCCUUCGUCAACUGUCGAAUAG